UGAGCAAGGAAGUUUCCUGUCCAUAUCAAGGUUUGUUACGUUUAGCAGUCUUUCACGUAAUAAAGUCCCCAGAUUCGUCGGCCAGAAUAAUGUGGAAAGCAGGGGUUGACACCAAAAUGACUGUAGGUAGUGCUGGAGAUGAUGAUGACUGGGAAACAGAUCCCGACUUUGUGAAUGAUGUUUCUGAACAAGAACAAAGAUGGGGAUCAAAGACAAUAGAAGGAUCUGGACAUCAAGAGUCUCUGAAUAUAAAGGAUCUUCGAAAAGGUGUAGAAAAAGACCAUGCAAAGAUUAAACAAGAUGAAAGUGAGAAAGGUCCUAAAGCUUCCUAUGGUUAUGGUGGGAAGUUUGGAGUGCAAAAAGACAGAAUGGAUCAGUCUGUAGUUGGAUUUGACUAUGAGGGGAAGGUGGAGAAGCAUGUAUCACAAACAGACUAUUCUACUGGAUUUGGUGGCAAGUAUGGUGUUCAGAAGGACAGAGUUGACCAGGCGGCUGUUGGAUUCGAAUAUGAAGGCAAAACUGAGAAGCAUGCUUCACAACAGGAUUAUUCAAAAGGAUUUGGUGGGAAGUAUGGUGUUCAGAAGGACAGAGUUGAUCAGGCAGCAGUUGGUUAUGACUAUGAAGGCAAAACUGCAGCACAUGUUUCCACUAAAGAUCACUCCAAAGGAUUUGGCGGCAAGUUUGGAGUCCAAAAAGACAGAGUUGAUAAGGUGGCUGUUGGCUAUGAAUAUGAAGGGAAAACAGAAGCACAUGCUUCACAAAAAGAUCAUUCAAAAGGGUUUGGUGGCAAGUAUGGAGUUCAGAAGGAUAGAGUGGACAAGACUGCUGUUGGCUUUGAAUACCAAGGAAAGACAGAAGAACAUGCUUCACAAAAAGAUCAUUCAAAAGGCUUUGGAGGAAAAUAUGGAGUGCAAACAGACAGAGUUGACCAGUCGGCUGUGGGCUUUGAAUACCAAGGCAAAACUCAGGAACAUUCCUCUCAGAAAGAUCACUCCAAAGGUUUUGGUGGUAAAUUUGGCGUCCAGACUGAUAGACAAGAUGCAUCUGCUGGAGGUUUUGAUGAAAUGCAAGAAGUAAAAUCAACUUAUCAGACAGCAAAACCACGUGCAGGGUCUGGAGCAGCAGGCAACUUGAAGUCAAAGUUUGAAAACUUAGCCAGAGAGCAGGAAGAGGAAAACAAGAGACGCGCAGAAGAAGAGAGAGCUCGGCGACAAGCAAGAGAACAAAGAGAGAAAGAGAUCAACGAGAAAAGGCAUGCAGAGCAAGAAGCACACGACAGAGAGGAGGCAGAGGAGGAAGCCCGUCGCCAGGCGGAGGAGGAAGCCCGACGUCAGGCCGAGGAAGAAGCUCGGCGAGAGGAGGAAGCGGCCAGACAACAAGAAGAAGCUGAAGCACAGCAGGAGUAUGAAGAAAACGAACCUGAAGCGACCUAUGAAGAGACAGGGGAACAGAGAUAUGACCCAGAACCUACAGAUCUCUACGAGGAAGUUACCCAACAACAGCAAACAACCCAGGAAGAGGUCAGCGGAGGAGCCUCAGGAAAAACUGCGAGAGCACUUUACGAUUAUCAAGCAACUGCAGACGAUGAGAUAACAUUUGACCCUGAUGACGUCAUCACUGACAUAGAGGAAGUGGAUGACGGAUGGUGGAUGGGAACAUGUAACGGAAAUAGGGGACUGUUUCCGGCUAAUUAUGUAGAACUGAUUUAAAUAACUCCAUCGAUCAGAAACACUGAUUCUGUUUGCAAGAGAGUAAUCCAGACCAGUUUAACUUUCAUGUACAUGAUGAUUUUUGCUACGACACGGAAUGAAGAUUUCUUAAAAUAACAAAAAUAUGAAAGUUAAACAAUGACCGGCCUACUUUACUAUAGACGGCAAGUGAUGAGUGAAUUUUUGAGCUAAAGGUUUUUUUUAAACAACUGAACAUUUCUACAGAAUAACGCAGAGACCUUGAAUGCGUCGUGAAAAGGUUUGCAGCAAUUUUCGUGAAUUGUUAAUUUUACCAGUACUACGAUGAGCAAUUUGACACCGUCAAAAAUUAUUUUAUCGCUGAGCAUCAUGAGUCCUAAUAUUACAUUAAUCACAAGACAAUUUUUAUUGAGCAUAUUUUACAUCUCGGCAUAAAUAGGCAACAAUUUAAUAAUGAAAUAGGUGAUUCUCGGUGUUUUAACUGCGUCAAACGAUAAUCUCACCAUAGCUUUAUUAAAAUGACUGCAAAAAAAAACCUCGUCCGUCACUGGAAGUACCAAUAUUUGCGACACGUUUGAAGGGUAAAGUCAUGAUUAGCGUUGAAAUAUUUUGUAACUCCUUAAAAGUUUUACUAUUAAAAGAAAAGAUUUUUCUAACAGCUUAAAAAGUUUUAUUAGUAAAAGAAAAGAGUACAUCACC